GUUAGAAAUAGCGGCAAAAGUUGAUAGAUAUAACAUUUUCUUAAACCGAGUUCCAAUAUGGAUCCAUUAGUUAUAUGGAUCAUUGUUUUAACAAUUAUCAUUUUUUUUCAAAUAUGUUUUGAUAUUAGUUAUUUUUUACGUACUGUUUGGGUGACAUUUAUUGCUAUGUGUUUUAAGAAAACUAUUGAUAUUUCGGAUGAAACAACCAUCACAGGUUUUUGUUUUACUACCGAUUUGGAUCAAUUUUUGCAUGGUAUGAACAACUCAAAAUAUUUACGAGAAGUUGACUUUGCCAGACUCGAUUUUUCGAUUCGAUUGGGAUCAAUGAGAGCUAUUGCAGAAAAUAAGGGUGCAGGUGCCGUAAAAAAGGCCACAAUUGUCUACUGUCGAUUUAUUAAGUUAUCAACUAUAUUCAAGAUAAAAACUAAGCUUUUGUAUUGGGACAACAAAAGCUUCUAUUUGCAGUACAAAUUUAUAACGAAAGGAGGUUUAAUCAAUGCGUUUGUUAUUCAAGAAGUGAAAAUGAUAAACUGCACCUGUGAAAGUAUUUUGGAAUCAAUUUCACAACGGAUUAAACAAACCGUUAAGAAACCCGAACCCCCUGAAUUUUUGGUGAAAUGGAUAGAAGGAAAUUCAAAUUUACAAGACGAUAAAAGUGCAAGCAUUACAACUAUUACCACAAUGUAAAAUUGAAAGUUUGCCAGUACUUUUUCACCUAAAAUAAAGUUAUAAUAUUUUAACAAUAUUAUUGUAUAAAUAGACUAUAAGAAUGUGAUGUUAAUAAAGUACAACUGCGUUAUUUAUUUUAUACCCUAAAUGCCUAAAUGUUACUUGAAAUUCUAGCCAAAAUCGAUUUUGUAGGGCAAUGAAAAUAGCAGAGAUAAGGUCAAGGUCAACAGAGAAUCGAAGAUUGUAAAAAUAUGAAUUUACAUAUCUUCCAUAAGACUAGCUGUUUAAAUUAAUUAUUCAUUAAGCCUAAUAAUUAACUAUAAAACUUAUAUAACAA